CUGUCUUCGAUGUUGUUAUUGUAGAACUGUCCAUUUUCGUCGUAGGUUAAAUUAGUGCUCUUGAGCCGUCAAACAGAAAUGCAGUGGAUUUGUUUGUUUGCUUGUAAAUGGACGGUGUGCCUUGCCUUCGUGUGUCGCAGUGUCAUGUACAGCAGUUUAGGAGAUGUCUACAAUCGAAAGGAGCUCUUGAUCUGAGUUUGUGCUUACUAAGAGAAUCAGAGGAGACUGUCCUCUUGCCCAUUUUACCAUCUUGUCUGCCACACCUGGAUCUGCGAUCUUUUAGAUCAUUGGUGUCUUCAGACGGUGCUUGUGAAAUAGUUUGGAGUCAGUCUCCUCUGCUGUCAAAGAAGAAGAGAGGAAGAACAUGUGGUAAUAAACUUGAGAAAAUCCUCCAAGAGUUUUUUGAAUCUCAUGGUGUAAGAUGGACAGAGGAGCUGAGGGGGGACCUCCCUCGCAGCUUCCAGAGGCAUGGAGACCUACUCCUGCUGGGCGACAACUGCUUCUCCCUGCCACUAUGGAAGAAGAUAGAUCAACAGCUAUGGAGUUCUGUGGCCAAAGCAUUGGGGGCAAAGCGGCUGGCAAAAAUGGGUCGGAUAUCCAGGAAUGGAUUUCGAUCUCCCGUGGUGACGAUGCUGUUAGGAGAGCACAGCUGGGUGAAACAUGUGGACAAUAGGAUUAGGUAUGAGUUUGAUGUCACCCGAUGUAUGUUCUCAGCUGGAAACAUAACAGAAAAGCUCCGGGUGGCUGGAUUUGACUGCAGAGGGGAGACUGUGGUGGAUUUGUACGCAGGUAUUGGAUACUUCACUCUUCCAUAUCUGGCCCACGCGGAGGCCAGUCAUGUUCACGCCUGUGAGUGGAACCCUGACGCAGUUGAAGCUUUACAGAAAAACCUCGUGGCAAACGGGGUGUCUGACCAUUGCACUGUUCACCAAGGAGACAACCGACAGCUUCACUUGUGUGACAUUGCUGACAGAGUGAACCUGGGUCUAAUACCGAGCUCAGAGGACGGCUGGCCUGUUGCCUGUCGACUCCUGAAGAGAACAACUGGGGGCAUUUUGCACAUUCACCAGAACGUCACCUCAGCGCUACCGAACAAUGCAGCAGUUCCAACAAUCAAUGCUGUCACCACUCAGAGGGUUUCAGGGAAGAAGGCUGACAGAGAGGCGUGGCAGGCCUGGGCCGAUGACACAGCAAACCACAUUACUUUUCUUUUAAAGGACAUCACUGGAGCACCGUGGUUAACGCACAUCCAGCACAUAGAACAUGUGAAGUCAUAUGCACCUCAUGUUCAUCAUAUUGUGCUGGAUUUGGAGUGCAGACCGUCCUGAGCUGAGGAGAUGAACACAGAUACUGAGUUGACUCCACGGCAUUCAUGUUUUAAUGUGCUGCAGUCCAGAGAAGAAAUAGGCAGCUGUAUGUUUCCAAUGCAGCCAAACGCUACACCAACUGGUCUCUAUGGCCCAAUCCCAAUCUCCACUCUAAAGCCUCACAGUCUUAUUUGACAUUCCUUGGUAAGUGCUUGAGAGUACGAGAGAAUGCAAGGGAUCGAAAUGGUAUUGAAAGAAAUGGGACAACACUUUGCGGCAACAAAUCCCGUUACUUUGACACCAACCAAGUUAUAUAGGCAUAAUUGCAGGUUUGGGAUUUUAUUUUUAAACUUUUUUUUACUUUCUUACUUACCAAGGCACUUAGAGGAAUACUUCACCCAAAAAAUGAUCCUUUAUAUAUCUAUUACUCAUCCUGUGUUAACUCAAAUUUGUGAAGAAAACAUUUUUCUCACAUGCCUCCGACAGCAAAACUAUAUCAAAACAUGCGUUUACAAACUCUCACACAACUCGUGCCGUAUAAUCCAAGUCUCAUUUAUCCAGUCGUAUGCUCACUACUUCCCAAACGCAUGCAUUUGCACUAAAAACCUUAUUGUUUAAAACGCUUGCACAUAAACAGUCUUGCGCUUGCACAGGCGCGUUACUUGUUUUUUUAAUAGUUUUAAUAGUUUAAUAGUUUUUGUAAAAAACAGCAUUAUUUAGCUAAAUUAAGAGAAAUUGUUGAAUAAUAAAAUAAGUGUAAUAUAGCCUUUGCUUACAUUCCUAUGAUUUCAUAUGUAGUGUUUCUUUGUAAAUUUAGGCUUCCAGGCUUCUCCUGGUUACCCUUAUGUUUUAGUGUCACUAAAUGCCCUCACGCACUUUGCGGGAACACGCCUCAAACUCUGUGAGUGUGGACAUUGGGAUUGAGCCUAUGUGUAUUUCAUCUGUCAAGUAGAGAAAUCAGCUGCUGCAGUGUUUAUAUAAACCUUUAAUUAUCCAGGGCAGGUUCACUAAACACAAAUGUUUAUUUUUUUAAUAUAUAUAAACGCCCUGCUUCACACUAUAUAACCCCAUCUGCGACCAGUAGUGGGUUUAGGUGCCUUGCUCAAGGGCAGUUCAUUGUUGUAUUCUACUCGCUGAAUUCCCCUUCAGUGUGUGAUCCCUAUAUCCCUUGUAAUUGUCUAAAAUGAAAAGUUAUAGACUGAGACAUGACUCACGACAGUGUGCUGGUAAAUAGAGGAACGCCCAAACCUAUAACACUCUUCCCAAGAAAUAUGAUAUCACAGAACAUACAGAACUACUCUGUCAAUAUAUCUUUGGAACUUCAGAAGGCAGCAGCCAAUUUAAUCAAUACUAAUUAAUGGAUUUAAUACUACAUCGCAGUUUCACUUUGGAGCUAUAGACGGGUGACAAAUUAAAGUUAUUAUUUUUGGAGGCACCGAGUGAUAACGCACCUAGUGUGUGAUCACCAAUAUGCAAAUAAGCUCAUGAUGUCAUUUUAGAAUCGGAGGGAUGAAACCUUCUUUUUAAUGGUCACACAUGCAAAGCACACAGCACACACAGUGACAUUUGUUCUCUGCUUUUAACCCAUCCUAGUACCAGGAGUCUAGUAC